CAAACCAGCACAUCCAGCUUCACAAUGCCAGCCGAUUUCAACGGCACGUGGGAGAUGCUCAGCAAUGACAACUUUGAAGAUGUCAUGAAGGCUUUGGACAUCGACUUCGCCACCCGUAAGAUCGCAGUGCAUCUCAAACAGACGAAGGUCAUUGUGCAGAACGGGGACAAAUUUGAGACCAAAACUCUCAGCACCUUCAGAAACUAUGAGGUCAAUUUCGUCAUUGGAGAGGAGUUUGACGAGCAGACAAAAGGCCUGGACAACAGAACUGUUAAGACCCUGGUAAAGUGGGAUGGAGAUAAACUGGUGUGUGUGCAAAAGGGAGAAAAGGAGAACCGUGGCUGGAAGCAGUGGAUUGAAGGAGACUUGCUUCACUUGGAGAUUCAUUGUCAAGACAAAGUCUGCCAUCAAGUCUUCAAGAAGAAAAACUAAUGCUCCAAAAAGGCAGCUGGUUUUUCACUCCUGGGUUUAAUGUUGUGCUGUGUGUAUUUAUUAAAGCAAUUUUAAUAAACAGCCAAAAACUUUCA